AUGAAAACUCCGGCAAGUGGGUCUGGUAGAAAUAAAAAAGCAUACUAUUUAGCAGAUGCCAUGCAGUUUUCUAUCCCAUUUAUAAAAACGUUGGUUCCGCCGUCCACUGGUAAUCUUCCGGAGAAACCGCAAGACGAAACGACUGAUGAAACGAUAGAAAAUACAGAAAUAUGUGAUGGUCUGACAAACUCAUCGUACUCAGAUCAGUCUUCAGAACUACAACCGCCACCACUUCCAACAUCACCAACGUUAGAAGCACCAUUCCUAUCACCUUCCGCAUCACCAGCAUCACCAGUACUAUCGCAAGAAAUUAACCAUCCCGAAGAACAGUUCUCGUCUAGAAAUAAGAAAAACCUGAAGUUCAAAAAUAAAUCGGCAGUGGCAGCAGAUAAUUGUGUGGCUGAAUACUUUAAAGCUAAAAAGGCGAGAUUGGAAGCAAAUUUAGUUACUAAUUCUUACAACAGUGAAAACAAAGAAGCUCUCAAGAUGUUUUUAUUAAGUUUGAUGCCUGAAGUUGAACAUUUUAGUAAGGAUCAGAUUAAAUUAUUUAAACGAAAAAUUUUCAGCGUUAUAGAUGAAAUAUCAUCCCAAUCAUCGUCAACAUUCUCGUCGCCAUCUACUACUUCAUUUCCGUCAACACACACUUCGCAGUCUACCACGUCGUAUACAUCUGGAAGUACACCAUCAAAUGCACUUGAGUAUUACAGCAACUUUUCUGGGACAGUCGAAAACUACGAUGAGGAGUGCGAGUCCAGUUUCACACCAUUAUAG